UCCGGGUGUGCUACACUGCAGCUUUAUCUUCUCUCUUAGCGCUCAAGUUGAGUUUUUCUAUCCCACCGUGCUUUUUCAUUCUAUUCAGUGGGAAAUAAAUUUCUGUCCAUGGUUGUGACUGGAACCUCAAAAAUGUCUCGAGCCGACGAGGUGCACCGCAUAACGGAGAACGUCUACAAGUCCAUCAUGGAGCAGUUUAACCCCUGUUUGAGGAACUUUGUAGCCAUGGGGAAGACGUAUGAGAAGGCUCUCUCCAGUGUGACAUUUGCAGCAAAAGGCUACUUCGAUGCCCUGGUGAGGAUGGGUGAACUGGCCAGCGAGAGUCACGGCUCUAAAGAUCUUGGGGAUGUACUAUUUCAGAUGGCAGAAGUUCAUCGACAGAUUCAGAUGCAGUUGGAAGACAUGCUGAAAUCCUUCCACAAUGAGCUUCUUACAGAACUGGAGAAGAAGGUCGAGCUGGAUGCACGCUAUCUAAAUGCUGCAUUGAAGAAGUACCAGAUGGAGCACAGGAGCAAAGGUGAGAGUCUGGAGAAGUGCCAGGCUGAGCUAAAGAAACUGCGACGGAAGAGCCAGCAAGGUAGUAAGACCGCCAGCAAGUAUGGGGACAGUGAGAUGCAGUAUGUGGAGGCCAUCAGCAGCAGGCAGAGCGAGCUGGAUUCCCACAUCGCCGAGGGCUACAAAACAGCCCUGACCGAGGAGAGAAGAAGGUACUGCUUCCUGGUGGAUCGUCAGUGUGCCAUGGCCAAGAGCAACAGCGUCUACCACACCAAGGGUAAAGACCUGCUCAUGCAGAAGAUCCCGAUGUGGCAGCAGGCAUGUGCUGACCCUCAUAAACUCCCUGAUCGGGCCGUUCUCCUCACACAACAGAUGGGUGCAGCGGGGGCACUGGGUACCGGACCACACCACGCCAAAUCCAGCCUGGUGAUCUCAGACCCUAUGCCAGGGGCCAAACCUCUACCCCUCUCACCUGAACUUGCAGCUCUCAUGGGCAGCCAGCAGAGGAUGAUGGGAAUGGAGAGUGUUUCUAUGGUGAAUGGCACAGCCGGGACACAUGGAGGAGAGGAUUACCAGCGCUGGAUAGACAGCCAAGCUGCACAGAGCAAAGCUUCUCAACAGGUGCACCGGCACGGCAGCGAGACCUACUCUAACACACUGCCCGUCCGCAAAGUGGCACCCACCAAGAGCAGGAGCACUCUUGCAGAGACACAGACACUGCCCAGGUCAAGCUCAGUGGCAGCUGGGCUGGAAAGGAACGGGCGAACUCGUGUCCAAGCUAUAUUUUCACACUCAGCUGGGGACAACAACACUCUGCUCAGCUUCACUGAGGGCGACAUCAUUACACUGCUGGUGCCUGAGGCCCGGGACGGUUGGCACUAUGGAGAAAGUGAGAAGACAAGAAUGCGUGGAUGGUUCCCCUUUUCCUACACCAGAGUGAUCCCUGAAACAGACGGCAGCAGGCUGGGUGUCAGUUUACAGCACGGUGGAAGAAGCUGCAGCACCGGAAAUCUUCUAGACAGGGAACCAGUUCUGCCGACACCAGAUUACGGCUCUACCACUCGGCUAACUGAUGCCUCACUGGGCAGACAGAGACCGUACAGCAUGGCAGGGCAUGUAUUCUCACAGCAACGGCCUGAUGACUAUGAAGUGCGUUACCCCACAAGUUCCGAGGGCAAAUUGAUUUCUACAGUGUGAGAGGACAGACAGACACACAGGCUCCAUCCUUUCUUCUCCCCUCACUCCUUUACUCGGUUCUUUCCCUCACUCAGUCAUCUAUCUUUCACCCACCAAAGAAGAGGAGAAAGAUGCACUUUUCUCUUUCCUUCUUUCACACCCCUGCGUAGCAGAAUAUUUCAGACUGAUCAUUCUCAGAACCAAGCACUUUUGAGGAGUGUCCACUCUUAAUGUGCUCACUAACAUGGACUUCUCAAAGAAAGUUUGCUUAUGUUUCUUUUGCUUGGUUGUUGAAGGUAUAAAUGUAUGCAUCAAUUUAAAUGAGUGUUACAGAAUCGGGGCCAAAAAUUAUUCAUGCAUCAUUAUUUAAUGUACCCAAAG